AUGAAGUUAUUAGCGGUACUUAAUAUAAUUGUGCUACUAAGGACUGAGUGCGGUAUUGCAUUUGACAGCUACGAGGAUUACUUUGAAGAUCCCAUCUUAAACUAUCUACUGAAUGGUAAUGAAACGGAAUUGUCAGAGUUUAAAGAUGGAGGCCACGGGGAGUUAAAUGACGGAAGCGAGCCGGUACUUUUUGAGGGAAUUUGGAAAUGUGGAAGUUGCGAUGAUAUCGAUGAAAAUAGAGAAAUAUAUAGUGAAAUGAAUGAUGUCGAUACGAAUAUUGCCAACGAUAACUUUUUACAAGUGCAGAUUGGUCUCGCGUUUGAAGAAAUGCAUUGCGUGACAAUUCAGUCAGAUGAAGAGCUCGAGGCGAAAAUAAUUACUGGCAGCUGCGCUGGACCAACUAUCACUAUAGCGGUCGCCAACGCACGUCACUUUGUUGUUAGGGUGUACGGAGAA